CUGCGAGGUGCGACCCGGUCCGGAGUUCCUCACCCGCUCCUACCGCUUCUUCCCCGACGGCAGCUUCCAGGCGCUGCAGUUCUACUACCAGGACCCUGACUGCAGCGAGCCCAGCUACAGCCUGCUGAUCCGGGGCAACGUGCGGCCGCUGCGGGCCUCGUGGCUGGUGCGCGGAGGAACGGCGAGCGAGGUGCAUGUGAGCCGCGUCCAGCAGCGGUGCCUGCAGACGGCCUGCGACCCGCCGGACACACCGGCUCCGGACCGCAGCAUGCAGGAGCUGACGCUGAUGCGCCUGGAGCUCCGGGCCGAGGAGCUGUUCCUGGGAGACGUUCACACGGAGCGCGCUCAGCCCGCGGGAUACCAGAGCCCCCUGCGGAGCGCCAAG